GAGAGGGCGCACUUAUCUUCUUACGUACGUACGUGAAAAUCAAAGGUUCAGUUGUUAGUAGGCUGGGCCUAAAGUUUAAUGCUCCAAAUAAUUUAAACUAGAUUUCUCGUGAACCCGAAAGCCUGCAGACAUGAAUGAUGAAAAUGUAAUUAAGCAGUUGCCAUAAUGCAAAGGAGAUUUUCCAGUCAGUCAUCAGUGCUUCAGAGAGCGCAGCAGCAACUACAAGGCAAGAGGAUUUCCACAGGAUCCUCCCGAGGAAGGAAUGGCGCAGAGGAAAGAAAGAGGGAUGACAGUGAUCUUAAUGUACAUGCCUAUCUGAGUAAACUCAACCAGAAAGUCUCCCAGGCUGGUGGCAAGCAGAUAAAAACCACCACCGGCGAUGAUCUGAGUGACCUCGACCUUUCAGAUGACAACGAUGAACAUGGAGGCCGUGAGGGGUGGACUGGUCUGUCAGCCAGUCGCUUUGUCAAGAAAAGCCACAGUCAGACAUUGGUGGACAGUGACAGUGUGCGACGGAGGAGUGAGACACUAUCAGGGGGCUCCACCUUGAAGAAGUCGGCUACUACACCCAGUUUCCUGAACAAAUCUGCACCUGUUUAUGCCUCGGCUGCCUUACAAAAGGCUGCACAGCUGGGGGCCAAGUUUGCUAAGCAGAAGCGGAGUGCAGACAACUUGCCGGACUCAGAGAGUGAUUUUGACAUUUCACUGAGUGACGAAAGCGGUAGCAACGUCCAGCAAAAAAGAAGCAUCAGUGGGUUUAAGGGGAAGGUACUUUCUGGCAAAGUCAACCUACAAAGCAACAGUAGCGAUGAACCCAAGAACGACGCCAGUAAAUUCUUGAAGAAGUCUACCAAGCCGUCAUUCUAUGUUGGUGGGAGUGAUGACGAAGAUGGCAGUGACUUUGGCAGAGACGGAAACAAAUUCCUCAAGAAAUCAGCUGUUUCCAAAAAGCCUGGCAUCUCUCAAUCAAAGACGGACUCAGAAGAGGAGAGUGGGAGUGGAUUCUUGAAGAAACCCAUAAAAAAGCCCCAGGCAGACGAUGCAAAAUCCAGCAAAAUUAAGACAAAUAAUGAGAAAUUUGUAGCCACCCACCAUGGCUAUUUGACGUCAACACCAAAGAAAGAUCCAGAUGGCAAUUCAAAGCUGUCACGAAAAGCCCCCUCAGGAGCCAAAUUUGGACUGGACAGUGACGAAGAAGAUCUGGAGGACUUCAUCAAGAAUCUUACACCUACUAGCUCACCGGAAAUCCCUCCAGUCAGGGAUCACAAGCCAACAGGAAAGGCUACAGUUAUUUGGGAGAGUCAAGAACCCUCAGCUGUAAAAUCUACACCUGUGAAAAGGCCGGCUACUCCUGCUACUAAGAAGACAGUAUUUGUGCCAAGAGAUGUGGACUCUUCAUCCAUGGGCAGUCCUGUAGCUGACGAGUCAGCUCAAUCUAUUGCUGACAGUGUGAAUGAUGAAGAUGAUGGAAACUUAUUCAGUGGAAUACACACCAACAUUAUGCAACUGGAGGAUUUGGAGCCUUUUGGAGUCAUAACAAUCGAAGCCAGUGGUCCUUUGUCGAAACCAAAUGCUUUAGCUAAAGAAAACUAUAAUGACAAUUCUGAUCAUAUAUCCGAGCACGACUCAAUAAAGAAGGAUGUUUUUGUCGGCUUACAAACAGUCGACGACCUGCUAGUGAAAAAGACAGUCCAAAAACAUGACAGAAAACGCUCUGUAAGGAAAGAAAGUGUGAUUGACAGUGCUGAUGAGAUAGGCACAGAAGUUGAACAUUCCAUCUCAGAGGUGCUGUCCGAGGGAACAUUAAAAAGAACUGGGAGCAAGACCCCGGGAGAGGUUUACGCAGACGAUACAUUCGUCUCACAGACAGAAUCUCCAUCUGAGACUAGGACAAGUACGAAAACAGUGCCUGAUACCAACUCUGAAUUUACCAGUGAGGAGGAUACCAGACGGCGGUACGACUCCAAGAGCCAGAGCUACAGCGAUGAUUUUCACUCCCAUGGUACAGACUCGGAUGUUGAAGAUUUCUCCUCAGAUGAUAACAGCAGGACACGGACAGACUCAGUGACCCACAGUAGGAGCUUUACAUCUUACACAGAGAGCAGGACAGUGACAAGAAGUGAGAAGACACCUAGAAAAGAACGGAGGAAAGAAAGACGGAAAGAGAUGACUAAGGAUGCAGCGGUGCAGGCAGAUGGAGCGACUUCCGCUACACAUCAGUGGCUUAGAGAUCUAGAUUUGAGCGCUCUAGGCACAGUGACUGGUGUCGAUCCCUUGCCAGUAGCCAUGCAUGUCAUCAACCCCCAGGCUCUUGAAGCUCUAACAUCUUACAGUCCAAGUAUCUUAGCCAUGAAUCAGACGUUACUCUCUCAGCUGAGACAUACUCAGGAGUCCAUCAAGUCGUCACUCAGACUCCAUCAAUCAUUCAUGGAGAACAUCGAGACUGACUUUAGCUAUACAACUCUGGAAGACACCAAAGAGUUUAUUCAUCGUCACAGACGACCAAAGCUGACCAUGGAGCAAGCCUUGGCAGAAGUCAGGCAAGAGAUGGAGGAGGGAUACAGGUAACAGGAGUUACUGAUGGAGGAAGUACGAAUUGUCAUCUGGGCCUGUCAACCAAUAAAUCUAUUAUUUUGAGUCUCACCGAAUGUGUAUGAGGAAAAAGGGUGUUUUAGAUCACCUGGGAGAUGGUGGUAAUCUAAGAACAAAGAUGUUGAGGAAUGCAGAUAACAAGAGCUAUGAUGUCGGGAAAGAGUUAAAGGAGGGAUACGAGUUUCUGAGAGAUGGAAACAGUUUGAUAUAUAAAGAGGAAACAAAUGAAGAGUGUCAGGAGGAAUACUAGUGUCCAAGAGAUGAAGCCAAUCCGGUAAAUCCAGAGGACAUAUACUCCACGAGAUGCAGAUAACAGGAAUUAGGUAGUCGGGCUAGAGAUGGAGGAGGGAGGUUUGCCUGUCAAAUCUGGAGGACAAAGAAUUAGAAGGCCAUAGAUAACUUCUUUUUGAAAUGCUGUCAAUCUGACAAAUCUCCAGAGUUUAGACAAGAAGUGAAGGAGGUUGUUUUGAGGAUGAGACCUGUAGGGAGUUUUUUGAAGACAUUACAAUAAACAUGUAUUAAGAGAAAGGAAACUCAUCUGACAGAUCCUGUCAAUAAGAUAUACAAUAUCUAGAAACAUGGCAAGAGAUAAAGGAGGGGUGGAAGAUGAGAGCAAUCUUAUAUAUCUGUAGGAAGUCUGGAGGACAUGGAUUAUACAUGGAACUGAAACUAAGCAUGUGAAUGAUGUAAAUCUGAUACACUUGCAGGGGCGGAUCCAGGAAUUUUUGCGGGGGAGGGGGGAGGUGUUGUUA